AUGCCGAAGCACCAGCAGGCGCCUCCUCCCGAAGACAGCGUCGCCCAGGGAAGUCCAGUGUUGACUGGUGAUGGGGACGCGAAUAAGUCUUCGCAGAAGCGGCCUCGUGAGCAUUCCGUUUCGGCCGUCGCCCAGGGAAGUCCAGUGUUGACUGGUGAUGGGGACGCGAACAAGUCUUCGCAGAAGCAGCCUCGUGAGCAUUCCGUUUCGGCAAUUCCCGCUCCGUCCUUCAGAGACCCUACACACGAGCAAGUCCGCUUUUCCCUCGCACAUGCACGAUCGAAACUAGCUCUUCUAGUCAACCGUCGCCAGCUCGGAAACCCAGUCCUGCGUUAUAUUCGCCAUGUGCGGUAUGAAGUGUCAGACGGCGUCACAGCCGACUUCCUAUGCGGCCCGACAACCUGCGUUUUUUUCCUUUCAUUGCAAUACCAUCUGCUCAAUCCGCGUUACAUCUACUCCAGACUGCGCUCGCUAGGCCGUGCUUUCCGCCUCCGCAUUUUGCUCGUUUUAGCAGAUGUCCCGGAACACAGACCCCCACUUCAUGAACUUACGAAGCUCGGUCUAGUUCAUGACCUCACCGUCAUUGUUGCUGGUUCUCGGGCGGAGGCUGCGCGAUAUUUGGAGACGUUUAGGUCUUACGAUGCAAAGGGAGCAGAGAUUAUACAAGAGCGCGUCGCGGGAGAUUAUGCAUCCCGAUUGCAUGCUGCUCUCGGGUCUGUGCGGGGCAUCAGUCGCACCGAUGUGUCCACUUUGGCUUUUACAUUUGGGAAAUUUCGCAACCUUGGCAAUGCCACCCAGCAGGAGAUUCGUGCCUGUCCAGGUGUAGGGGAGCGCAAAGUGUCUCGCUUAUACGCCGCUCUACAUCAACCGUUUCGUUCGGAUGUACCUUGGAUGGGGAUAGAGGGAGAAACUGACAGUUUUGAAGAAAACGACGUGGCGACAUAG